AUGGCUAGGGAUCACCCUCUGCUGAAAUUGAUCUCUUCUUUUGAAACGCGACAGCCUUUGCACCUGGAAGUCCCGCCGUUCUUGAAGCGGUUGUUGGAUUAUGGUCAAAAGACCGGCGUCCGGAAACCAAUCCUACGACCGCCCCUUCCGUUGCUUGAUUCGGCAAAAUCAUCUUUUAUCAUGUCUGGAAGCGAAUAUCGUAUAAGCGGAGGGAGCCAGCAGUCUGACGAAGAGGAUGAAGACAACCGCGUUAUUGAAACGGAUCCAACAGGACGAUUCGAGCGCUAUGCCGAGUGUCUCGGCAAAGGGGCAUAUAAAGAGGUGUUCAAGGCGUUUGACACCGAAGAGGGCGUCGAAGUUGCGUGGAAUCAACUGCGCAUUGACCACCUACUGAAGCGUGAAGCCCAACGAAUUCUCUCUGAGAUCCAAAUUCUAGAAUCUUUGCGAAAUGAUAGUAUCAUUAAUAUGUAUCACAGUUGGAUUGCCAAAGGCAAAGAUGGAAAAGAUAAAGUGUAUUUUAUCACCGAGCUCAUGACCUCGGGAACCUUGAAGAGCUAUAUCCGCAAGACGAAAGGAGCUGUUAAGCCAAAGGUCUUGAAAAGCUGGUGCCGCCAGAUUUUAUCGGGUUUGCAUUAUCUGCAUACAAGAGAUCCUCCGAUUAUUCACAGAGACUUGAAGUGCGAAAACGUAUUCAUCAAUGGAAACAAUGGACAAGCGAAAAUUGGCGAUCUAGGACUCGCUGUUGUGAAACACCGAGACCAUGUCUCAUCAGUCCUUGGUACCCCGGAAUUCAUGGCUCCUGAACUGUACGACGAGAAGUACGAUGAGAAAGUGGAUAUUUACGCAUUUGGCAUGAUGAUGCUUGAAAUUAUUACCAAAGAGUACCCAUACAGCGAAUGUACGAACCAAGCGCAAAUCUACAAAAAAGUCUCUUCAGGGAUCAAACCACGAGCUCUACAAAAGAUCGAAGACGAUGAAACGAGAAGAUUUGUCGAACUUUGCAUCGCCUUUAACCCUUACCAGCGACCCACUGCCGAAGAACUGUUACGGCACCCUUUCUUGAUACCCACCCAAGGGUCGAUGGUGUCUGUCAAUAGCUUGGAAGGAUCAACGGAGAUGGUCAAGGAGCCACGUGGCGCAAAGCACGAACACCAUGGAUCUGUGACGUCCGCGUCGUCGUUUGAAUCACCGGUCAAUGGGGACAGUGGUAGCUCCGCCUGGCAUUCCGAUCGACAGCCAGCUACGCAACCGGCACUGACGAAUGCAGUGCCAGUUAUGGUGGAUGCGGAGAACCAUACUUUUGAAAUCCUUAAACGUGGGCAUCCUGCAAACUUGCCACCCCACGGAUCGGGCACGGUGUGUUCAGUGGAGGUUGUCGAGCGGCUUAAUGAUGAGGAGGUGCAAGUCAAAAUGAUCUAUACCAUGUCAGGACGACCCAGUCAAGAGAUCAAGUUUCCGUUCAGCAUUGCAGCAGACACUUCCAGAGACGUCGUGGGUGAGAUGGUGCGAGAAGGGAUUAUUGAUACUGGAGAUGAACCCGUUGCUGUGGAGCGGCUGGAGAGUGCUGUGCGGGCAGUUAUCAGCGGCGAGGCGUCAUCUUCCGAGGGUGGGUCAGUUGAACUGAGACGGGUGACUAAUGGACGACGGGGUGAGAGUUAUGAGCGUGGGGUGUCAGCAGAGCGGUAUGGUUCCCUUUAUCCCUCUGCACAUUCUUCUCCGCCAUUGUCUCCAGCGACAUUCCCGCGGUAUCGGCACGCAAGUGAGCCUGAAGCCCCUGUCUCCACGCUAGUGAGGCACAAUACCAUGCCAAGGUCUGUGUCAAAUGCCUCCAUUGGGCAUGCCAAUACGCGAUUGGCGCAGGUUUAUUCUGUUAGUCCGGGCUCGAGCCCGGUCCCGAGUCCCAUCACAACGUCCCCGACGAUGCGAAAAGCCGACACGUCCGAUGUGCGCAUGGGACAUGGCCAUUCACUCUCGAUUGAGAGUGUUGCCAGCGGAGCUGAGAGUUUGAGCACGAGUUCUUCCUCGCGGCCCGUUACGCCACUUGGAGGCGAGUGGUUUACGGAACGUCCUAGUGGAGAGGACGGAAUCAAGGAUGCUGUUGCCGUACAAGUCAUCGAUGGUGACAUGUCCGCCCUCCCAGCUGUGCACGACUGGCCUCUUGAAGGCGGAGCACUUUUGCCACCGCAUGUCGUGAUACCCCACUCCACCACCGCCGUCAUCCCCGCACCCCUCACGUCCUCUCACCCACCCAUCCGCGUCGACACAGCCGUCCACAAAAAACUCGCGGAACUCCAAGAACUCAAUCUCCGAGGCUUUGGCAACCUUGCCUCGCAUGCUAAACCCUCAUCAGCCCUCGUCUCUUCCUUCCCUACUCUUCCCCCCUCAUCUGUCGUGGGCGGUUUCAUGAGUCUUGGCCAGAUGGCCGGCGGUCAACCCCGCAGCGCACCGAUUGGAGGACACCGACCCCCCAUUUCGUUUGGGAGUCAACCAAGCGGGUUCACAUCUGGGUUCUAUUCCACUGCACCAACGACAGAUCGUCCACCACAAAAGUUUGUACCGUCUUCUUCUCAACCACCCGCGAACGGGAAUGGGACGGGAAGACCGCGUGGACUUGAAGAAUGGACGCGUGGAGAAACGAAUGGGGCGGUGCAGGCGCCGUCUAGAGAUGAUGGGGUGAAUUUGAUGGAUUGA